GGGGGCCGGCGCGACGGGGCGGGGCACGGAGCCCCAGCCCUGCCCAGGCCGGCGCGGGCAGUGCAGGACUCGCGACACCAGGAGGCCGGCGACGCACCGUCCGGAGCGCCAGGUCUCAGCAGCUGGGGUCUCCCCCUCAGCCUUUGAGCCACCAUGUCCCAUGCCAGUGCCCCUCCACCAUAUGAGGAUCGCAGCCCCCUAUACCCUGGCUCUCUGCCCCCAGGGGGCUAUGGGCAGCCGUCUGUCGUGCCCGGGGGGUACCCUGCCUACCCACAGCCUGGCUACGGUCACCCUGCUGGCUACCCACAGCCUAUGCCCCCAGUCCAGCCGAUGCCCAUGAACUAUGGCCCAGGCCAUGGCUAUGAUGGCGGGGAGAGAGCAGUGAGUGACACUUUUGGAUCUGGAGACUGGGAUGACAGGAAAGUCCGACAUGCCUUCAUCCGAAAGGUUUACACCAUCAUCUCCAUCCAGCUGCUCGUCACGGUGGCCAUCAUUGCUGUCUUCACCUUCGUGAAGCCGGUCGGUGACUUCGUGAGGGCAAACUUGGCCAUCUACUACGCAUCCUAUGCUGUCUUCCUGGCCACAUACCUGACCCUCAUCUGCUGCCAGGGACCCAGACGCCGUUUCCCAUGGAACAUCAUCCUGCUGAUCCUCCUUACUCUUGCCAUGGCCUACAUGACUGGCACCAUCUCCAGUGUGUAUAAAACCAAAGCCGUCAUCAUCGCAAUGAUCAUCACUGCUGUGGUAUCCAUUUCAGUCACCAUCUUCUGCUUCCAGACCAAGGUGGACUUCACCUCGUGCACAGGCCUCUUCUGUGUCCUGGCAAUAGUGAUGGUAGUGACUGGGAUUAUCACUGCCAUUGUGCUGGCCUUCAAAUACGUUUACUGGCUGCACAUGGUCUAUGCUGCUGUGGGGGCCAUUUGCUUCACUUUGUUCCUGGCCUAUGACACACAGAUGGUCCUGGGGAACCGGAGGCACUCCAUCAGCCCAGAGGACUACAUCACUGGUGCCCUGCAGAUCUACACAGAUAUCGUCCACAUCUUCACCUUUGUGUUGCAGCUCGUGGGGAGGCAAGAUUAAGGAGCACCUCUGGGCUUUCCCUUCCCUAGAGGGCUGGGCCCUGUGACCCUGGUCUGGGCCUACACUCAUUUCCUUCUCAAGUAAUACACCCAUAUUUCUUUCUGUCCGGGGAUGGGCAGCUUCUCUUGCUGUGGAUGUAUAGGUACCUGGUGGGGCUGGAGGAAAGUGAAAGUGAAGUCGCUCAGUCAUGUCCGACUCUUUGCAACCCCAUGGACUGUAGCCUAUCAGGCUCCUCCUUCCAUGGGAUUUUCCAGGCAAGAGUGCUGGAGUGGAUUGCCAUUUCCUUCUCCAGGGGACCUUCCCGACCCAGGAAUCGAACCCAGGUCUCCCGCAUUGCAGGCAGACGCUUUACCGUGGGAGCCACCAGGGACUAACUCUUGCCCUUAGUGGACAGAGCUGGGCCAAAGAUGUGUGUUUUCCCUCCACCCCACUACAGGGCACCAAAGCCUUAACAGCUGGGGUUGGAGUGGGGUGGGCUGAAAAGAGCCUAUUCUGUAGCUAAAAGGGAACAUGAGAAGGAGAAGGGACUUCCUGGUGAUAAGGUUUCUCCUCCCACUCCUGCCAUGGGCUUCUGGGCUUGACAGCUGGAACAUUUUUCCGCUCUCAAUCCCAGCAAAGCUGGAGAGCUGUCCCCUGCCUCCUGGACUCAUAUCUUGUACUUUUUGGCAACCCUUAGCACCUUUCAACACAAGAAGGUAGAGGGGGUUUGUCUCCCCUGCUUCAACCCCUUCUUUUGGUAGCAUAUAUAUAUAAUGAUCUUCUGGGUCAGGGGUGGGGAGGAAGAGAGUGAACCAGGUCAAGCACUGUGGCCAAUUGAGAGCAGCAUCUGUCCAAGGCUUCCUCAGGGCUUGUGUGGUAGAGAGCAGGCCCCCUGGCAGUCACCUGGUUCUCUGAAGCUGCUGGGGCCUCUUUGGUACUUCUGAGAUCUCUAUAGUCUGUGGGACCACUUGCUUCCUGUGCUCAGGCUGCUCAGAGUAGAAAGUGAGGGCAGAAGUCAGGAGAUGGGGUGGUGUGUAGGAUCACUAUGGCCAGGAAGUAACUAGGGUGAAGAGAGCCUAGGGUGUGGGCAGGGUCCCCCAUCCUGUUGGAGAGAUAUGGAAGCCUACGUGGUACCCAACAGGCUUCCCUUCUGCUAACUGGGGAGGGCCCUGAGAGGAAGGAGAAGCCUCUCUUAGUCUGUGAACUCACGCUGAGGGGAUUUAAGAUGCCCCGGCUCUCCAGCCAACUACCGCUUUCUUCAUGACACCAAGUGCCUCAAGCUGCAACGGGGAAGGGGGACAAGGGUCACUCUACGGGGUGCGGGUGGAAACCAAAUCAGCCCAAGGAUACAAUUAGGACUUCUUUAUUAAGUAUUUGGUCCUAAAUAUAUCCCACAAAGGGACAUAACUGAAAUAAAGUUUUAUGUUUAGAAGGUAAAA